CCAGGCUGCCAGGAGACCAGGCAGUGGCUCUGGGCCCUGCAGAGCCUCCUCCAGGGCUGCCACCCAGCACAGAUCAGGGACGCCACGUACCUGGCCAUGUCUGCCUCACCUGGGCAGGUCCAGAUCACCCUCCUGCUCACCCUCCUGCUGAGACUCACAGCUGGGCAGCCGGUCAUCUCGCUGACGGGUCCCUCUCAGAGGACCACCCCGGGAAAUUCAGUGCCUUUCAACUGCACUGCUGGCCCUUUCAGCUCCAAGGACUUCAAUGUCACCUGGUUGAAGGACAGUGAUGAACAUCCAGCCACAACCCAGUUUCAGAUGGCCAAUGACACAGGCAGGUACUUUGUAACCAGCAAGGCAUGGGUGCCACUGACCAGAAAAGAAGUCCUGUCUCGGAUCACCUGCCAAGUUGCCCACAGGGACCUCGCUGAGCCCCUGCAAAUGACCUUGAAUCUCUCCCAAGUGCUCCAAGUCAUCCCCACGCUAAAGAUCAGAAUGGAGCACAUCGGAGCCCGAGUCCUUGCGCAACAGAGAGUGAACCUCACCUGCCUGGUGAGUGGCUUCUACCCCUCCUACCUGCAGCUCACCUGGAUGGAGAACAGGCACACGAUCCCCACUGUGGAGCAACCCCAGGUCAUGAGAAACCCAGACGGGACAUACUCUCUGGAGCACACGCUGCAGGCAGAGGCCACACUGAACGGGAGUGAGUUUUCCUGCUGGGUGGUCCAGGACGAGCAGCCCCCCAUCCUGACCAACAUCACCCUGCGAGCGCAGGCCCCCAACAGGGGAAAAGGAAGGAUCAUGACCCCCACCUCUCACAAUGUGGAAGGCCCCCGGCAGCGUUCAGAGCCGGGCACGAGCAUCCAGCUGACUUACACGUCCUCCGGACUCCACACACGUCAGCUCAAUGUGACCUGGCUCAAAAACAACCACAAGCUCCCCACAUCCAAGACCGACAUCCUGUCCAGUGGAGACACCUACAAUGUGACCAGCAGAGUGCUGGUCCCUCUGGAGUAUGAGGACCUGCUCUCCCUGGUCCUCUGCCAGGUCAAACACAGGUCGUCAUCGAUUUUCCAGAAACCCAUCAGCCUGAACCAGUUCCUCCGCGUUCCCCCUACAGUGACAGUGUCCCAGUCUUCAACUGCCUCCGGCUUGGUGGCUGUUACCUGCCACGUGCAGAAAUUCUAUCCCCAGAAUAUGUAUCUCACCUGGCUGGAAGACUGUCAUGUGCUCAAAGGGACCGCUCAACCCAAGUCCAAGCAGAACGAGGAUGGUUCCUACACCUCGGGAAGCCUGCACCUGGUGAACGUGUCCGGGCAGAGGUCCGAGCGGCUGGUCACCUGCAGGGUGCAGCACCAGGAGCAGCCUCCCAUCCAGGCCAGCCUGGUACUGUCCACAGCGCCCCAUCCUGCCCACCAGCCCUUUGGGAGCCCAGGCCCAAGUGGAGAGAAGAAGCUCCGAGGACCCGGAGGUGACCCCAGGCCCCUGCUCUUCACUCUGCCACCUCCACCACAGAUUGCUCCCCUUGCACCCCUUCUGAUGUUCCUUCCCUCUGCACUUUGGAGCUGGGCAGGGAGGGACUUGGGUCAGAGGACAUGGGAGUCUCAGAACUGAUGAGCUGGACUUCAUAUUGACUCUGCUUCCAUCCAAGAGGAUCAAAUGGAUGAAGAAAACAGGUGUCCACCUGUCCUUGAUCGUGAGCAGCCCUUAAUAUUCAGAGGACGUUUUGCCUUUACCCAGGGCUUCUGCAAGCAUGAUGUUAACACGUACAGAUUUUGAAAUUACUGUGUGUUGAAUAAGCAUUUUUUGGUUCUCAAAUAUAUAAAAAAUGACAUUUGGAAUAUCCCUGGCUCUACCAUAUUAUCUUUGCAAAAUAGUAACAUUUUUCCAUUAUGUUGUUUAGUUUUUAUGAAGAAAAACUAUCCCAAAUUUGGUGUUCAUUCUCAAGUGUGAUUUUAUACUUUUUACAACAUACAUAUAAAUCCUUAAGCAAUAUGUUGUGUUAUUUUGCAUGUUUUAAUUUGACACAGAUGCUAUUAUAUCACACGCAGCAUUUUUAAGCUUAACACAGUUUGUGGAUUUGUUAUGUGGAUUUAUGUAACUCUGUAUUAUUCAUUUCCACUGAUCUAUGUUCUUCUGUUGUCAGAAAAGGCACAAUUCUCUAAUUAUUCUUUUAUAAUGGAUAUUGAAGCUUUAGUCAAUGGUUUCUCUAGUAUAAUUUUGUGACAAAAAUUCUUAUGUUUGUUUCCUUGGACACAUGUAGGAAAGUCCUUCUUGUUCCUCUAGCAUGGUGCACAAAAUUGCAAUAUUGGUAACAUUUGAAAGUUUUUUAGUAUACAAUUUUUGCUCAAGUUAUGCUCCUUUUGUUUUGUCUUUAAUCUAGCUGGUUUUUUUUUCUGGUGUGUGUGUGUGUGUGUGUGUGUGUGUGUGUGUGUGUGAUAGGCAGUAAGGAUCUUACUUUUUUCCUGUAAUAAUGAAUGUUCCAGUUCUCACUAAUAUCACUACAACCUUUGCCAUAUACUAAUUUUCUAUAACUCUGAGGUUCUUUUGAUGAGCACUCAGUUCCAUUAAUCUCCUUGUCCAUCUCUAUCACUCUGUUGGGGAAUCCAUUCUACUUUUUCUUGUUCAAAUUUGUAAUGGCUAUCCUUAGGCCAGAAGCGUUUUAGAAUAAUUUUGUCAGGGUUCAUGAAAAACCCUUUUAGAAUUAUGAUUUGAUUACAUUGAAUUUCUAUACUAAUUUGGGCAAGUUAAUAUAUAUCUAUAUAUAUCAAUGAUAUAUAGUAUUAUAUGUAAUUAUACAUAUAUCAAAUAGAGUUUUAUAUGUCUUUCAAUUUACUUUUUUUUUUUCAUUUUUUCACCCAUAAUGGUCUUUUGCAUCUUUAAUUAGUGCUCUCUUUAAUACUUUCUGGUUUAUGAAAUCUUAAAAAAAUUAUUGUUACUUUUCUCAGUGGGUUUUAACUACUGAAUCUGAUUGCAAUUGAGUUUUGAACAUCAGUCUUACAUCCAGUAAGAUUACAAAAUUCUCUUUCUAAUGCUACUAAUAUGUAUUUUCUCUUUUGAUGUGUUACUCUUAUAACAUUAAUGAUCUAAAGUCAGUUUUUACCUUUAUCAAAGUUACAUGUACACGUAGUUUGAGUCAAAUCGUCCUAUAAAUUCUACAUUUGAAAACCAGAGUCUCCCUAACCACCCACCAUUUCCCACCUCCCAGAAGCACACUCUUCAGCUCUUUUAUUUUAGAUUUUACUUUUAUAUCUCAUGUCACAUGCUUCUAUGGAUACUUGAUUUUUCCCUCUGUAAAGGUUAACUUGAAUUGUCAACUUGAUUGGAUUAAGAGAUGCCGAUGAUUAAGAGACCUCUGGGUUGUCAAUGAGGGCAUGUCUAGGAAUGAUUGGCAUGUGGGAUAGGAACUGAAGUGAGCCCCUCCCUAAGCCCCGCCCAAUAGGAUGGAAUAAAAGCUGGAAGAACAAGGAAGCGGAUGGAGAUGCAAGCUGGGCUCUUCUUGAACGGGUUCUUGAUUGCUGCUUCCAUCAUCUGAGGAUAUCUGACUCUCACUUCUUCACUCUUCCAAAGUGGACUCUGCCAGUGAUUCUCCAGGGAGCUUCCAGA